AUGGGUACCGAACGGCUUCGCGGACGAGGUGGCUUACCGCCGUGUCUUUUCUCGCGCCAUGCAGGAGGAGAUGCAACUGAUGCUCGACGAGGCCGUAGUGACGCGCUUCGAGAGAGCCAAGGCAAACCUCGCAACCAUCGCGAGUUCCGGUUCCGGUUCCGGUUCCGGUUCCGGUUCCAGUUCCGGCAGGGGCGGGGCGCGAGUCGGUCUAAUGGACCGACGGGACCCUCUCUGGCGGCAGAAGCUGUUCCGCCGCGAAGGCAUCCCGUAUUACUCCAGCGUCUCUUUGUUUCGGGCUGGCGGCGGCGGCGGCGGCGGCGGCGGGAGCAAGAGCAGUGGAUGGGGCAACCAGUCGGGAGGGAAGCGUCGACGGCAAUGGCGGGGGCGACGGGGUAG